AUGGAUAUUCUUACGUCAUCGUUCUGCUUGAGCUCACACGACGAACAAACACUGCCCCUCUUCCCCUCUUCUUUCAGUCGGGAUGUGGGUGACAAAAGAGCAGUACAAUGUCUGCGCGCAGCCAGCCUACAAACCACUUCUCUAUUGAAUUCUGUCCACUUACAACCACGAUCACUUGAUUUCUGCAAUACAUUUUUGGGCUUGGGCAAUGGUGUUGUGGAUGUCCAUUUUGCACCCAUGCAGGGGGCUGCGAGGACGGUUGAGGAGUUGAAGAAUUUUUGGAAAGAGAGGGCAGCGAUCGAGGAAGAUUAUGCCAAACGUUUAACCAAAUUGUCGAAAAUGGUUUUGGGAAGGGGUGAAAUUGGAGAAUUACGCAAUUCCUUGAACGCCAUCAAAGUCGAGACCGAGCGUCAGUCCGGUAUCCACCUUAACCUUGCGCAGCAAAUACGCAGCGAUUUGGAGUCCCCAGCCGCUGUGUUUUACACGCGGUGA